CACAACAUGGCUCAGGAAACCAACCAGACCCCAGGGCCCAUGCUGUGUAGCACAGGAUGUGGAUUUUAUGGGAAUCCUAGAACUAAUGGAAUGUGUUCCGUCUGCUAUAAAGAACAUCUUCAGAGACAGCAAAAUAGUGGUCGAAUCAGUCCAAUGGGAACAUCAGGUGGUUCCAAUAGCCCUACCUCAGAUUCUACAUCUGUACAGAGAGCAGAUACUAGUUUAAACAACUGUGAAGGUGCUGCUGGCAGCACAUCAGAGAAAUCAAGAAAUGUGCCUGCUGCCGCCUUGCCUGUAACACAGCAAAUGACAGAAAUGAGCAUUUCAAGAGAGGAGAAAGUAAUUCCGAAAACAGAGACAACAGAGCCAGUGGUUACCCAACCAAGUCCUUCAGUCACUCAACCUAGUACAUCUCAGAAUGAAGAGAAAACACCCGAAAUGCCCAAACCAAAGAAGAACAGAUGUUUUAUGUGCAGAAAGAAGGUUGGACUUACAGGAUUUGACUGCCGAUGUGGAAAUCUGUUUUGUGGACUUCACCGUUAUUCUGACAAGCACAACUGCCCAUAUGAUUACAAAGCAGAAGCUGCAGCAAAAAUCAGGAAAGAGAAUCCAGUUGUUGUGGCUGAAAAAAUCCAGAGAAUAUAAACUAACCUACUUGGUGCAAAGACUGACUUCCUUUGUUUUUAUUUUAAAAUAUCCUAGGAAAACAUUAAAGAGCAGAUGCAUGGCCAUUUUCCUUUGAUGUUCUCCAGAGUUUUACUUUAGUUUGUCUUAUUGAUUGAUAUUUUAGGAUAUUGUGGGUGUUACAGGCAGAAUUGGAUAGAUACAGCCCUUUAAAAUGUAUACAUGCCCUCCCCCAAAUGAAUGAAAGAGUAAGACCUGCAUUGGAAAACAGACAUGCACAAAGGACAGAGUUGUCUAGUUCACAUGUGCCAAACAGAUGCAUAAAAUCUGCAUGUUUGCAGCAGAUUUGCCUUUUGGGAUUGUUAAUUGAGGUAUAUCAUCUUUGGAUAGUGCUAAUGUGCCUGUUUGAUUAAAUGAUACACCAAGAAAAAUGAGUCUACUUUUACCAUACUUAACUGUAAUCAUCUUUAAUUUCCACACUUCAUUGUUUUGAGGCUAAACUGCAGAGGAGCCAGUUUCUAAAUGAAAAUGGGUGUUCAGGUGCCAUAAACUGCAGUUUAAGAUUACCUUCUAAAGGAUGUAAUCUUUGGAAGUGAUAAAAAUUGUUCAACUGUUAAAAACUAGUUCCCAAAGGAAACUUCUUUUUCAGAAAUUUAUGAACUAGCCUACAACAGAAGACUUGUCUGCUUCUUACUCUUAAGUAGCUAAAUACAUUGUGUAGCACAAUGCAACUAGAAUUUAUUUCAGUUUACAAACUAAAGGCUACAUUUUUAAUAAAGAUAAUCACAGCAGCUCUUUCAGAUAAGCACCUGCAUCUGAUGAACCUAGUUUGCAAAUGUAUUCAAGCCUUUAAUUUUUCAUGUACAUCUUAAGUUGAAUGUGUUCUGGGUUGAAAAGGUUAGCCUUUAAUUUUUUAUAGUUUCCAAAUGUAGUGAGAUUGCACCCUUUUGCAUGGAGAAAUCAUACCCAAUAUGGCUGCUGUACACUUUAAGUGGUACCUGGAACCACUCUGAGGGGCUGCUUUUAUCAUUUUAAUAGUAUUUGGGUGUAGGACUGUAGUGUUCUUGGGUGUAUUGCAUGGGCUGCAUUAUCUACAGCAUUGUACAAUAACAACUCUAGAAAAGGCAGUAUACUUCACUGAUGCUUGUCUGGUAAUAUCACUUCUGUGUUAUAAUGGAAGGGUUUUUUUGUGAUGUAUGAAACUUGUGUUUUUUAUAUAAACAAGUACAGUUUAGAGUAGUAUAGUGGUAAUGCCUGUUCUCAUUUGUAAAUAGUUGUGUAUACAUAGGGCACUACUUCUGAUUUCUAUUGCAGUGUUCAGUCUUAGUUUUCUUCAUUAAAAGCAUCAGGUCUUUGCUUUAAAUUUUGUCCUCAGUUGAGUUAUUAGAUAAACAAAUGUGUACAGAUAGUUCAUAUUUAUGUAUUGCACAUAAUCAUGCUACCCAGCAUCUAUGCUAUAUUGUAUUAUGUAAAUAAUAAAAUCAUGUACAGAGGGA